UCAAUACUGCUCAUCACCAAUCUCUGAAUUCGGCGACCAAAUCGAGUUUAAAAACAGACUGAAACUGUCGUUAGUUUGCUAGUGCCUAAAAAAGAAUCUCAAAAUGGGCCUUAAAGGUUGUGAAGUGCAGCUCGACAAUCCUUGGAACACAUACUAUGCCGGGCAGACUCUCAACGGCCAGGUGAAAUUCACAUUCGACUCGCCGAAAAAAGUGCGAGGCAUCAUCAUUCGCUUCCUGGGCGAGGCCAACACGGAGUGGACCGAGGAGCGCUCGGUGACCAGCAGUGAGGGGAAGACAGAGAAUGAGACAACCGUGCUAAAGGGUCAUGAGGAGUACUUCAGGAUUCAAUACUAUUUGUUGGGCGGAAAAAACAGCUCCGAAACGGAACUGCCGCCUGGCACCCACACUUACCCUUUCACCUGCGCCCUGCCGGCCACCUUGCCCUCCUCCUUCGAGGGUGAGUUCGGCCAUGUGCGCUACACCAUCAAGGUAACACUGGAUCGGCCCUGGAAGUUUGAUCAGGAUAUGAAGAUGGCCUUUACUGUUAUUGCCCCAGUUGACUUGAAUCUCAAUCCACGCGUCAAGGAGCCCUUUAAGCUGGAACUAGAGAAGUCUUUCUGCUGUUUCUGUUGUCGCUCGGGACCGCUGGCCGUAAUUACGAGCAUACCGCAGACAGGUUAUGUUUCGGGGCAGAUUCUGCCCAUCACCUGCGAGGUGGAUAAUGCCAGCAAUGUCAACCUUACUGCUGUUAAGUUCGAGCUUCGCAAACUCGUCACUUUCCACACAAACCAGCCACGUAGCGAAAAACGAGAGUCAAAGGUCAUAAUCGCCAAUCUCAGUGUCGGCCCGGUCAACGGCAGCGAGAAUCGUACGUUCACGCAGCAGCUGGAGAUUCCGGCGUUACCGCCAACGAACCUUCUCAACUGUGGCAUCAUCGCCCUUGACUACGAUCUGCAUGUAGAAUGUGAUGUUAGUGGGCCACAUAGAAAUCUCACUGGCAAGGUGCCUAUCACAUUAGGCACUAUUCCACUAUCGGGCGUGAAGCCGCUGGGCCCGCCGGCCGUCCAGUCCGAAGAUCCUUCGCUGGCACCUACUCAACCAGUAAGUCCGGCUAGUCCGCCGGCGGGUGAUGGUGUUGGAGGAGCAUUGGGCUGGAACGUAGCUGACAGCACCGGAGGAGGUGGCUCUUUGUAUCCCAAUAUACCGCCCCCGCAGUUUGUGGAGACCCAGUACCGUGCACCGACCAUUGCCGGACGUGAUGACUCGGAGCACACUCAGAUUAUCGGCGACGGAAACUUUGCUCCUCGUUAUCCAACCUUCCAGUUCAACAAUGCUACAGCGCCGCCAGCGAAUCACUAAAAGAAUCUCCAAAGUAGACGCGCAAUGAUAUUAAAUUUUUUCAUGAUUAUUGAAUCACUAUAUUGAACUAUCACUAUAUGGGUUUAACAUGAGAGAAACCCUAAUACUUUUACGGAAAGACUUAUCUUUCCCUUUGUUAUAUUAUUUUGCUUCGCAUUUAUACGAAAAAAGUUUCCCGUCCAAAAUAAUUGAAUCUUAAAAAUCGAUUUGUGCGGAAAGGAUGUGAAGAGAUAUUUAUUAUUUGCAAAUUAUUUGUUGGUUUUUAGGAAAAGUUUGUUUAUUGCUUUUUUUUUAAUAUUAUAUAAUUAUUAAAGAAAAGAAAGUGAGCUCCAUUGUUUCUACGGCCACGUAAAAAAUGAGUAAAAAUGCGCACAAUUAGGCUAAUUUUAAAAUAGUAUUUGGUUAUAUCAAAUUCUGUGCUCAAAAAUGUUUAUUUUAAAAUUUUGAAUAUGCCAGCAAUAGUGCCUAAAACCAAUAUACGACACUUCUCGUAAUAAAACACACUGAAGAAAGCAAAGUUGUUACGGGGCCACAAAAUUUGAAGGCUUUGAAGGGCCCAUGGCUUUGUUUAAAAUGGGAGAACUCAACGGAUAUUAAAAUGUGCGACUUGAUUGUGA